UAUUCGGUGUUUAGACGGACCGUUGUGUUGUUUCACACGUGUGUAGAUUUUUUGGAAUUGCAGGAUUAAUUUCGUGUACUGAUAAAGCUAUUAAUCAUUAUUGGAGAGGAGUAUUUUAAUAUAAGGUAUUUGCUUGUGAUUCGGGCUAUCAAGUAAAGUAAUGAUGGAGGGACUGUCAAACAAGGAAUUCGAAAACAGUGUGAUGGAAGAAAUGGAGAAAAUUUGUGAAGACACACUUACUCCACUUGAACCAGACAAAUCGAUCCUAGAGAGGGACGUGAAGUCUGUGCGACAAAUGGAUUUUAAUCUCGACAGAAAGAAAAGUCUUUCUUUUGACUGGUCCGAGUUUGAGAAGGUUUUUGCUGAAGAUUUCAACAGUAAGGCUGGGUUUGAGCGCCUCGUCUCCUUUCUGUCGGAGAUCAAUAAAAUCAUCGCCAAGUAUCUGAAGUCUGAGAGAGAUGACACAACCAAGGUUUUGGACUUUCACCAUCCACACCAGUUACGGGAGAUGAUGGAUCAUUGCCUGUACGUAGACGACCAACCUCAUGACCUCGAACAGUUGCUAAGUGAUUGCAAUGAGACUCUAAAAUACUGUGUCAAAACAGCGCAUCCUCGGUUUAUGAAUCAGAUAUCAACAGGCAUUGACAUCGUAGGAAUGGCUGGAGAAUGGGUUACUGCUGCUGCAAACACUAACAUGUUCACAUACGAGAUUGCUCCGGUGUUCACUUUGAUGGAGGAAAUUGUUCAGCAGCGAAUGAAGCAACUGAUUGGUUGGCCAGAGGGUGACGCCAUAUUUGCACCAGGUGGAGCCAUAUCCAACCUGUAUGCGGUGCUGGUCGCUCGUCAUGUGAUCAACCCAGACAUAAAACAUGACGGAAUGUACGGAGUGAACAAGCUGGCCAUCUUUACCUCUGUCCAAAGCCACUUCUCCAUCAAGAAGGCUGCUGUUCUUUUAGGCAUCGGUCUCAACAAUGUCUACAGCAUCGACACUGAUUCCAGGGGUCGAAUGGACGCCUUAAAGCUUGAAGAAGCAAUCCAGAGAGCUAUGGCGGCAGGGGUGAGGCCCCUGCUUGUGAACGCCACGUGUGGAACAACGGUUCUUGGUGCCUAUGAUCCGCUGAACCCCAUUGCAGACAUCUGUGAGAAAUAUGGCGUGUGGAUGCACGUUGAUGGUGCGUGGGGUGGGAGCGUUCUGUUCUCUGACAAAUACCGCCAUCUACUAGAAGGCAUUCAUAGAGCUGACUCUAUGACAUGGAAUCCUCAUAAGAUGAUGGGUGUCCCUCUACAGUGCUCUGCCAUUUUUGUCAAGAAAAAGGGAGUACUAGAGUCUGUGAACGGACUGCGAGCAGAUUAUUUGUACCAGUCGGACAAGAUGUACGACACCUCGUAUGACACCGGAGACAAAGCGAUCCAGUGUGGUCGCCAUAACGACAUCUUCAAGUUGUGGCUCAUGUGGAGGUCAAAGGGAGACGGUGGUUUCAGAGAUCAGAUUGAAAGCAACUUUGAAAAGGCCAGGUACCUACUGGGCAAACUGAGACGUCGCGAUGAUUUUAAACUGGUCAUUGAUGAGAUUGAAGGGCCGACUGUUUGUUUCUGGUAUGUCCCAGAGAAAAUCAAAGCCAUCAAAAGUGACCAGGACAGGUGUAACCAGCUUCACAUGCUGACCGCCACCCUUAAGGGGCGUAUGAUGGUGAAGGGUUCGAUGAUGCUGCAGUACCAGCCGCUGGGGCAGCUGCCAAACUUCUUCCGGAUCGCGUUCUCCAACCCUGCCAUCACCACCGCCGAUCUGGAUUUUGUGGUGCAGGAGCUUGUUGAUCUCGCAGAACAGAUUGAUUAGAUCUGACGGUUUGCCACUCAUUAGCUUGGCAUUCGUAAAAUUUAGUUACGAAUUGCAACUAAUUGAUGUGACAUUCAUUCAAAUUUGGAACUGUUUGUAUAUGUUCCAUUUCCAAAAAUAGUAGACUUUGGUUUAAAAUUAGUUUCAACUGACAGUUUGUGUUUAUUUAUGAUCAGACUGGUUAGUUCUUACGUAUGAUAUCAUUUGAAAGUUGCGGCUUUCGUGAAUGUUAGGUUGUAGUCGUUUAGUUUUCUUUAUUUGUUAAUUUAUAGAUCUGAAAUAUUUUAUGAUCUUUUAUUUGAGAUAUAUUGUUUUGCUAGAAAUGAAUAUUAUGUCUUCUUUAAAGUCAUAAACAUGACUUUAAAGUAUUUUUAUGCCCCCGGAUCGAUAGAUUGGGGGUAUAUUGUUUUUGGCCUGUCUGUCUGUCGUUCUGUCCCAAAACUUUAACCUAACAGUAAAGUUUUGCAAUAACUUUUGAAAUAUUGAACAUAGCAACUUGAUAUAUUGCAUGCAUGUGUAUCUCAUGGAGCUGCACAUUUUGAGUGGUGAAAGGUCAAGGUAUUCCUAUAAGGUCAAAGGUCGAUAAUUUUAUACUUUAAUAUAUUAAAGUUUUGCAAUAACUUUUGAAAUAUUGAACAUAGCAACUUGAUAUUUGGCAUGCAUGUGUAUCUCAUGGAGCUGCACAUUUAGAGUGGUGAAAGGUCAAAGUCAAGGUCAUCCUUCAAGGUCAAAGGUCAAAAAUUUAAAACUUUAAUAUAGUAAAGUUUUGCAAUAACUUUUGAAAUAUGGAACAUAGCAACUUGAUAUUUGGCAUGCAUGUGUAUCUCAUGGAGCUGCACAUUUUGAGUGGUGAAAGGUCAAGGUCAUCCUUCAAGGUCAAAGGUCGAAAAUUAAAAACUUUAAUAUAGUAAAGUUUUGCAAUAACUUUUGAAAUAUUGAACAUAGCAACUUGAUAUUUGGCAUGCAUGUGUAUCUCAUGGAGCUGCACAUUUUGAGUGGUGAAAGGUCAAAUUCAUCCUUCAAGGUCAAAGGUCGGAUAUUUAAAACUUUAAUAUAAUACAGUUUUGCAAUAACUUUUGAAAUAUUGAACAUAGCAACUUGAUAUUUGGCAUGCAUGUGUAUCUCAUGGAGCUGCACAUUUUGAGUGGUGAAAGGUCAAGGUCAAAGGUCACAAAAAAAGCGGUGCAUUAGGGGGCAUUGUGUUUCUGACAAACACAUCUCUUGUUUGAAAAUUGUUUUCUACAAAACGGUUUGAAGUUUAAGUAAGCAUUUCUGUAAGUGUUCAGUGCAAUUUACUUUUAUUUUUAAAGACUUAUGAUUGUGUGUUCAGAUCUAAUUUAAUCUAGCUGUUAUUAUCCUUCAUUUGUUUUUGUUUCAUUUUAAGAUUCCCACUAUAUUGGCUGCUUUUAGCAGAUUGUUUAUUUAAAUCGGAGUGAAUUCGCUUUAUUGACACUAUCAAAGACUAUGUUAAAAGUAUUCUUUCAAAGUUUUUGCUGGAACUCCGAAAGUUCACCAUUAAAGAUGAUUUGUCUCCAUAAUAUGCACCGUUGUAUGGAUAUCAAUAUUUAUUCAUAUUUCAAGCUCAGGUGAGUGCAAAAUCAUGUCAUGACAUGUUGAGUAUCAUUCGUCUAUGAUGUUAAAGAGAUCUUUUUUAUUGUAUGGCCUAUUUCUAUUACCAAUUAUGUUAAACAUUAAACCAGCAUGGAAAUAAAAGUGUUCUUUUGUAUUUUACCAAAUGAUAUUCUCGUUAUCCAGCCACGUGCAAUAGCAAAGUGUAUUUAUUAGUCAAUAGUUAUAACAAUUUGUUCGAUGAAUUUUCUUUAUAUAUUGACAUGUAUAACGUGGAGUGUUAACAUACUAAAACUUAACUUUGAACAGCAAUGUGCCGAAUGUAAACAGCUUUACUUGUGAAUUAAAUGAUGAAAAUGUCAACCUUUAUUGUCAUGAUAUAUCAUUUGGAAUGCAUGACAACACAUUUUGUUUAAAAAUAAAUGUUUGUAUCAAACGAUGAACUCCAAA